GAGCCAGCAGGCUGCCUGGCGACGGUGGAGGAGAACCUUAGGGCAAGAUGGCGGCGGUAUUGCGUAGGGCUGCGGGCAUGAGGCCGCUGCUGUCAGUGCGGAGCGGGAGAUCUAUGAGCUGCUGUUCAUGGCGAUGGAGAAGUAGUUCUGCGCAAGAGCGAGCCAGGCAGUACACAGUUGGGAAGAAAAUUCAUGGGUUUACAGUCAACCAGGUGACGCCUGUUCCAGAUCUCUUCUUGACAGCUGUUAAGCUCAACCAUGAUAAUACAGGGGCUCAGCACUUGCAUGUAGCAAGGGAUGAUCCAAACAAUCUAUUCAGUGUGCAGUUUCGUACUACACCACUCAACAGUACUGGAGUUCCUCAUAUUUUGGAGCAUGUUGUACUUUGUGGCUCGGAGAAGUACCAAUGCAGAGAUCCCUUCUUCAAAAUGUUGACACGAUCACUUGCCACCUUCAUGAAUGCUUUCACAGCUAAUGACUACACGAUGUAUCCAUUUUCCACCCAAAAUUCUAAGGAUUUUCAGAAUCUUCUGUCUGUUUACCUGGAUGCUGUUUUUUUUCCAUGCUUAAGGGAAUUGGAUUUUUGGCAAGAAGGGUGGAGGCUGGAACACGAAAUUCCUGAUGAUCCAGGCUCACCACUUAUCUUCAAAGGAGUUGUGUUCAAUGAAAUGAAGGGUGUAUUUGCGAACAAUGAAAAUCUUUAUGCUCAGCAUCUACAGAACAAGCUUCUACCAGAGCAUACUUACUCUGUAGUCUCUGGUGGUGACCCACUACAUAUACCCAAGCUUACUUGGGAAGAAUUGAAAAACUUUCAUGCUACACAUUAUCAUCCUAGCAAUGCCAGGUUCUUUACUUAUGGUGAUCUGCCGCUGGAGCAACACCUUCAACAAAUCCAGGAUGAGGCACUUUGUAAAUUCAGUAAAAUUGAACCUGGUACUUCAGUUCCUAAACAGUCUCGCUGGAGUGAACCGAGAGAAUGCCAUGUGAAUUGUGGGCCUGAUUCAAUGGCUCCUGAUCCUGCUAAACAAACCAUAUACAGUGUGAGCUUCUUAUUGGGCGACAUAACCGAUAGCUUUGAAGCAUUCACACUGAAUCUUUUGUCAUCUCUGUUGGUUUCUGGACCCAACUCUCCCUUUUACAAAGCAUUGAUUGAUGCCCACAUUGGCACUGACUUUGCUCCUGUUGUUGGAUAUGAUGGCAGCACAAGAGAGGCUUGCUUUACCAUAGGGUUACAAGGUAUCGCAGAACAAGACAUUAAAGUUGUGAAAGAGAUCAUCGCCAAAGUUAUAGAUGAAGUAAUUGAGAAUGGUUUUGAGCAAGAAAGGAUUGAAGCACUCCUUCACAAGAUUGAAAUUCAGUUGAAACACCAGACCACCAAUUUUGGACUUGCAUUGGCAUCAUACAUUGCUGCAAAUUGGAAUCAUGAUGGUGAUCCUGUGGAGAUGCUUCAGAUCAGUGAAAACAUGGCUAGGUUUAAGCAGUCAUUGGAAGAUAAUCCACACUUCCUACAGGAUAAAGUCAAACACUAUUUCAAGGAAAAUGCACACCAACUAUCCUUGUCAAUGAGUCCAGAUGAAAGUUAUUUGAAGAAUCAAGCUCAACUUGAGAAAGAAAAGCUACAAGAGAAGGUCAAUUCUCUGUCGAUGGAGGAAAAGAAAGAGAUCUAUAAAAAAGGACUGGAACUGAUUGCUGCACAAAGCAGACCUCAGGAUGCAUCUAGUCUCCCAGCUCUUAAAGUUUCUGAUAUUCAGCAAACGUUUUCAUUGACACCUGUAGAGAUGACAUACAUAGAAGAUGAGGUGCCUGUUCAGUAUUGUAGUCAGCCAACCAAUGGAGUUGUUUAUUUUAAGGCUUUCACUAACCUUAACACAUUACCUGAGGACCUGAAGCCAUAUGUACCAUUAUUCUGCAAUGUGAUCACAAGGAUGGGCUGUGGGAACCUUGAUUACAGAAAACAGGAUCAGCAGAUUGAGUUGAAGACUGGAGGAAUGUUUGCCUCACCUAAGAUUCUCCAAGAUAAUGAUAAUUUGGAUAUGUAUGAACAGGGAGUGUUAUUUACUUCUCAUUGUUUGGAGAGAAACCUGCCUGACAUGAUGCACCUCUGGACGGACAUUUUUAACAACCCACACUUUGAUGAUGAAGAACAUCUCAGAGUGUUAGUUAUGAUGGCGGCCCAGGAAUUAUCAAAUGGAAUUCCAGAGUCUGGGCAUCUGUAUGCAGCAGUUAGAGCUGGCAAAACACUGACAGCAGCAGGAAGAUUGCAGGAGAUGUUCAAUGGAAUAAGCCAGGUGCAACAUAUGAAAAGAAUUGCUGAAAAGCCCGAACUCUUGACUGUUCUCCGUAAGCUGCCUCGAAUUAAGAUGCAUUUACUGAGCAAUGAGAACAUGAGGUGUGCGGUGAAUGCUACCUCACAAGCCAUUCCAGAAGUGUCAACAGAAGUUGAAAAGUUCAUCAGAAAUAUUCCUGGAUUUGGAAAGAAAAAAAAAGACAAGAAACUUAUCCGUACAAAUAUUACUGAGAAACCACUCAAUCCUGAAGAUGCUGGAAGUGAAGUAUCUGGAGGUUCACAAGCUACCAAAAAGAUAGUGUUUUCAAGCUUCAAAGCUUGUCAAAUGAAGACACACUUUCAGCUUCCCUUCCCUGUGAAUUAUGUGAGUGAAUGUGUUCGCACAGUUCCCUACUUGAAUCCAGAUUUUCCCAGUCUUCUUGUUCUUGCACGACUAUUGACGUCUAAAUUCCUUCACCGGGAGAUUCGGGAGAAGGGUGGUGCAUAUGGAGGAGGUGCUAUGCUAAGUCACAAUGGCUUGUUUACAUUUUAUUCCUACAGAGAUCCAAAUUCUAUCGACACAAUGUCUGUAUUUCAAAAAAGUAUUGAUUGGGCGAAAGCAGGAAAAUUUACCCAAGAAGAUAUUGAUGAAGCUAAGCUGUCUGUAUUUUCAACAGUGGAUGCUCCUGUAGCCCCAUCAAACAGAGGGUUAGACCGUUUUCUACUUGGCAUUUCUGAUGAAAUGAAGCAGAAACAUAGAGAGCAGCUUUUUGCUGUUGAUCAUGAUAGUUUGGUGGGAGCAGCCAACAAGUAUUUGACAACUGGACACAGCACAUGGGGAGCUGCAAUUUUAGGACCUGAGAAUGAAUCUAUUGCACGAGAUCCUACUUGGGUCCAGAGAUAAUACAUUAAAGUAACGAGCGAACUGGCCAAGGAUGUAAUCCCCUCAUUCUCCUGAAAUAACACUGAAGACAGAAUCAGGAUGGACUCAGCCGAAUUGUUAAUGUCUCCUUGCCGAUGUUAUGCAGGAGGCGAAGUUAGUAAACAACAGGCUUCCACGUUAUGAAUCUGCUCAAUGCUUUUGUGAAUGAGGCAGAAUUGAAAAUGCUUGAUACCUCAAUUGUACUGAAACAUAGUAAAUAUGAAUUCCGUGCAUCCAGUGCUUGACAAAAGGUAGGGAUGUAUGCAAACAAUUUAAAUAUUGAAGAAAUAGCAGAAGAUGUCAUUUUAAUUAUGAGUUUGAAGAAAGAAAUCAUGCUGAAUUUUUCUCAAUUAUGAUGCAAGUGUUAACUGUAUCUUGUCCUUUGUAAUAGAUGUAGAGCAAACACCAUGCCCCUAAAAAAUAUUAUUUAAAUAGAAUCUGACAUUUAAUUUGACAUUGGAAACACAAUACGUGUCCCAAAGAGAUUGAGACAGCUGGUUUGCAUGAGCCAUUGUAAUUGGACGAUUGUCAAAACCUGUAUUUUAGAACCUUUGGAUUUUUACUGAUCCAAAUUUAAACUUUUAGAGUUGGAGAUAUAAGGGUAAAAGCUGAAUUGAUCCCAGUGUGCCCUUUAAACCUCCUGAAACCCUGGCGACCAUUUGAAUAUAGUUCAUAUACUCUAUUAUGAAGGCACAAUAUUGCAAGUGUUGGAAUUUGAAAUAAAAGCAAAGUACUUCAAAUACUCAGCAGGUCUGGUAGCAUUUGUGGAGAAAAACAGCUGAUAUUUGAAGUCAGUGGCAUCUUAAUUUUGUCCAGUUCUGAAUUUGUAAUUUUCAAACAGAGACAAAGGCAGAGAAAAAACAAAAGGAAAAGUCAGUAAUUCGAUGCACAAUAGGAGAACUUGUGUCAAAAGAGAUGGUGUAAUAUGUGAUGAUAAGAACCAAAAGAACUGCAGAUGCUGUAAGUCGGAAACAAAAACCGAAAUUGCUGGAAAAGCUCAGCAAGUUUGAUACUACCUGUGCAGAGAAAUCAGAGUUAACGUUUCGGGUCCAGUGAGUCAAUGUUUUGGACCCGAAAUGUUAACUCUGAUCUCUCUUCAUAGAUGGUGCUUGACCUGCUCAGAUUUUUCAACAAUUUCUGAUGUUUGUUGGAAAUGUGCAAUACUGUAGUGGUAGCAGCACAUUCAUUGUCAGUGCCCGUUGAUUUCAACAGUUACUUUAAUUACAUUUCCUAUAAGGACUGUUCUAAUUCUACUGACAACAUCCUGUCCCUUAUCAGUGCUUCCAAUGUAUUCAUCAAUUUGAAACAACUUUGGACCCUCCUUCCUUUCCUUCUACUGUGAUUUGUCUUCAGUUUGGUUCACUGGGCUCUCGACUAAAUCACAUUUGCCACACUUGUAUUCUCAUUCCUUUCCCUCACUCUCACUAUUAAGACCCUCUUUGCUUGACCUCACCAGCCUCUACACUGAAUAUUAUAACCUGGCAUUUUGUUUUACAGCUAAUAUCCUGUGCAUUUAUUAGGAUAUUGAGAAGCAAUAUUUGUGGUUUGGCCUGAGUGAUUGUUUAAUCUGCCUCUCUUUAAUCACUGGACAGAAUCAUUAUCAGCCAGCCACUGAAGGGGAAAUUGGUCAUUGAUCAGCUUUCCACCCUUGUAUAGCUCAGGGUGAGGUACACUUGGGGACUUAAUUUUAAAGGGGGAUUGUGAAACCUUCAAACUGCAAUUCUGGGGAAAGCCACUGGAGGGUAGCAUCAUUCUAGUUCAGGUCACUGAAACAAGUACUAAAUUUACUUCAUCUAAGUCUUUGUUAUUGUACCAUUGAGAGAUUUAGGAUUUUUUUAAUGUAAGGAAGGUAAAGAGUCAAUUAAAGCUGUCUGAAAUGUAUUUGCGAAUGGUCUGGCACAAAGAAGUAAAAGGUUAAUUCUAGUCAUUAAUUCAUUGAUUAGUCAAUAGUUGAAAGCUGGGGCAGGGUUCAGCAUGAAAUGUCAAGACAUGUGGCAAAGGAGAGGAUACGGCAGAAGUCACUCCAAUCAUCUCGAGUUCAGUGACAGAAGAUUUCCAAACAGUGGAAAGUUUGGUCUAUAUAAGUGAUUUGAAAUAUAUUUUUGUCUGGUAAGUAUAUAAUAUGAAAAAUAUGAAGGAAAAGAUUGAGUUUUCAUUUUUAAAAAAAUGCAUUAGUACCUGGAAAAACCUGCCUCAAGUUGAAAUGGAAUUUGUAGUAUUUGUAAAAAUAUAAAAUGUUAAAGUGGAUAGGCCAAAGAGCAGGCUUUGAUGGGACUAAGUUUCUUCCAUUGAUAAAAUUCUGUGAUCCCAUGUAUGUAUGAUGGUUGUUAUAAAGUUAUUCUGCAUGCGGUUAUAAUGUGAGCAAAGUUCAUGGUUGAAUUAAGAUCGCUACAAUUCAUUUGAAGAUUAGCACAUGCAAAGCUUUCAAAUUUUGUUCAUUAACAACAUGGUAUAUGUCAAGACUGAUGAAAUACUCUUCACUUAUUGGGAUGAGUGCAGCCUAACAGCACUAGAGGGCAGAGGUUUAAGGUGAGAGGGGAAAGACUUAAAAGGGACUGGAGGUGCAACAUUUUCACACAGGGUGAUGCGAGUAUAGAAUCAUCUGCCGGAAGAAGUGGUGGAGAAAUGUACAAUUACAACAUAUAAAAGGCAUACCAUGGAUACAUGGUUAGGAAUGGUUUAAGAAUGAUAUGGGCCAAAUGUUGGCAAAUGAGACUAGGUCAGUUUAGGAAAUCUGGUUGGUGCAGAUGAGUUGGACUAAAGAGUCUGUUUCCAUUUUUGUAUAAUGUCCAAGACAAGGUUGAUUGGCACCAAUCUGCAACCUUAAAUGUUCAUUCAGCACCACGAACAGCAAUGUGGCGGGUCACCAACAUCUUCCAAAUUGUUGACCACUGCCAACUAGAACAAUAAGAGCAGUAGAUGUAAGGGUACGUUAUCACCUGCAAGUUUGUUAUGAAGGUGUCAGUGUGUACUGUACCUUUGAGAGAGGAAGCUGGCAAGGACUAAAAGGAGUGUGUGGUGAACAAUUUAAAAAUGUAACAUUUGGUUGACCCAAAUAGCUGGUGCUGUGUUGCCAUGGUACAAAACAAAUUCAAAUUCAGCCAAUUAGUUUAAAUUAUGCCCCAGAGACCAAUAUCCAAUCUCAUUUGAAUUUAAUGUGUUGAUGACAUCAAACCAAAGAAAUGAUCCAAUGUUUUAGGGUAUAAAACCAGACAUUUUAAACAGUUGGGGAGAACUGCCAAGAACACCACCAAGUACAACAUCAAGGGCCGAAGGGUCUAUACUGUGCUGUAAUGUUCUAUGUUUUAAGUAUAAACUGCUACCAAAUAGCUCUCUGAAAGGUACUUGUCCAUAAGAAAAGUUGUGCAGCCGAAGACUGAAGAGACGAUCCAGGAAAAUACAGUGAAAAAUCUACAAAGGAGAAUCGACAAAGCUGACUGGUUUUGAAACGUGAUUUUUUUUAAAUAAAUCUUCAUUGUUUUUUUUAUUUGGACCUGUAUUGGAGAGUGGGAGGUAAACGAUAGGUUUCAGGAAAAGUUGUAAAUAGUUGCUUAAUGUUCACUUUUGGACUUAAAAGAAUAAAAUUGUUUAAAUAGUAA